UAGAAGGGUCUGGGAUUCCUUUAUGAGGUGCAACCAAAACAGCUGUUAGAAAUAGCAACCGGGAUAUUCUGGCAGGCUGUCGAGAAUUAGUUCUUGAAUACUGUUGUGGUUUUGAUCACUAAAAUGGCUGUGACUUUUGGACUCUCUUUGAGUGUUUCUUGGAUUUGUUGCCUGCUAAUUGGAGGGAUAACUUGUUUUACACUUAAAGGUAACGCUCAUGGGCAUCCUGCCUACACUGGACCUGAACCAACUGGAUCCUAUGCCCAAGCAAGUGUGGUGUCUGGUCCAAAUGCUAAAGCUACUGGCCACAAUGCCACGUCAGCAGAAGCUACUGGCCACAAUGCCACGUCAGCAGAAGCAACUGGCCACAAUGCCACGUCAGCAGAAGCUACUGGCCACAAUGCCACGUCAGCAGAAGCUACUGGCCACAAUGCCACGUCAGCAGAAGCUACUGGCCACAAUGCCAUGUCAAGUGUAAAGUCCGGCCCCAGCGCCUCAGCAGAAGCAACAGGCCCCGGCGCCUCAGCGGUAGCGUCCGGCCCCGGCGCCUCAGCAGAAGCAACAGGGCCCGGCGCCUCAGCAGAAGCAACAGGGCCCGGCGCCUCAGCAGAAGCAACAGGCCCCGGCGCCUCAGCAGUAGCGACAGGCCCCGGCACCUCAGCAGUAGCGACAGGCCCCGGCACCUCAGCAGUAGCGACAGGCCCCGGCGCCUCAGCAGAAGCUGCAGGCCCCGGCGCCUCAGCAGAAGCGACAAGCCUUGAACAGACGGCCCGACCACUCAACUAGGGAGAUCAUAAUUUGGUUUGGCCAACUCUUUAAUCGUCUUAUCCCUGUUACCUUUACCCUUUUCUGCAAGAGGCACAGUAACUGAGGUGGGGAAAUGUGUGAACUAAUGCACUUGUUUGAAAUGAGGAUCUCCUUCACUUGUACAUCGUCAUGCAAAUUGUAUACAGAGGUGGAUGAUACAAUGUUAUGAAUCGUUUUUAUAAACAUACGACUAAAUUGACUUCUGUAUGUAGCGAUAUUGCAGACACACUUUUAGGUUCUACGGUUAUGCUUUUGAUUUAGCCUGGUGUUCCUGCUACUCUUGCAUGAUUUGCUCUAAACUAUUUGACUUUCAAAAAACCUUGUCCUUAAAAUAUAAUCUCUUCUGCCUACCAUGUGCUUGCUGUUUGGUAACAGACUGUGGGCCUGGAGUAAAAGGGAAUUUGCGUUUUUGUUAUACACUUGUCUAAACAGAUUUGUUUCUGGUAGUUUGCUCUAAAGUUUUCUAACUUGUCAGAGCUCCCUCAUAUGUUCAUACACUACCUGUCCCUUAGUGUAGGCUGUUUGCUUUACAGUAAUCUGCCUUUUUCCACCAAUGCCUAAAUGUGAAUGCAGUGUAACUCAUCGUCCCAUUACCUGUCACUAACCUGUCCCAGGGACGCUGAAGUUUCUCCUUGGCCUUAUUCACAAACAUUAAAUCAACUUGAUACAUUCUGACUGUUCUACAAUGUUGGUCUGGCCAGACACAUGGAUGCAAUCAUAUGCGUUCAUUUAUUUCAGCUGUGAAAAGUA